AUGAUAUUUUCAUUAAUUUAAAGGAGUGCCUUCAAAUAUGGGCAAAACUCCACACCAACUACCUUCUUGUGCAAUUAAUCCCUUAUGUUCCCUCAAUACUGCGAAGGCAAUUUAACCUAUCGGCUGAUAAUCGAAAUCCGCCAUUGAAGAUAAUCUCUGCUGAAAUGGCGACUGAAAAAGUAAAUCCAGCUACUGACGAAGUAAAGAUGGAUCUGUUCGAAGAUGAUGAUGAAUUUGAGGAGUUUGAAAUCGAUCAAGAGUAUGGAGACAAAGAGGAAGGGAAAGAAGUAGCUCAGCAAUGGGAAGACGACUGGGAUGAUGACGAUGUCACUGAUGAUUUCUCCCUGCAGCUCAGGAGGGAAUUGGGCAGCAAUGCUGAGAAGAAAUAGGCUGAAGUUGAGUUGUCUGUUGUUGUAUGUUUGGGAUUUAUAACUCUGAUUUCAAUCUCUAGUUUAAUGACUUCUUGUUGCCGAAUAUCUUUAAUUGAUCAAAGAAACCUUCAUAUUUCACUCA